CGGGGACUGGAGAAUCAAGUCAUCAUUUUACUUAUGGUGGCAUCGGUGCGAAUAUUAAUAAUGGACCCCGCUAUUCAACAGUAAAACAACAAAUAAAAAUAAACACGAAAAAACAGGACAAACUAAAGCGGAAGUAGAGGAAAUGCGAUAGCAAACAGGUGCAACAUCGAUAGCAAAUAAAACAUUAAAUGAUUUUUUUUUGGCAACAAAAUAUACAAAAAUAAGUCAACUUUAACAAAAACAAACAAACACAUACCCACCAGCAUAAAAAACAGCAUAUUUAACAAACAACAACAACCAAGCAGAAGAUAUUGAGGCAACGAUAUCUAUGCAAUAACUUGCCUACAACGAUUAUUGUUGCAACUACCGCAACAACAGUUACAAACAACAACAUGUAUGUUUCCAGCGAAAACACAAAACGACAGCCAAAGCAACAACUAAAACAACAAUGAAGGAAAAUCAUAACAACAGUUAUAAUACAGCAUUCUCAUGUAGCAACAACAGCAAACGUGCCAGCAACUCGUUGAGAGUACCAACAGCGACGACAACAGCAACCGCAAAACAUCAGCAACAAAUUAAUUUAGUUGCAAUACAAAAACCACGCGCCAGUUAUCCGGAAAUUAUGAAUCCUCGCUUAUCAUUGAAUGGUACUUUGCGUCAUUUGGUGCCAUCACCUCGACCACUUUAUCGUGAUCACAGUUCACGUUCCAUACAUCCCCUUACGGCUAAUGAGCAACAAAUGUCUGAACUGGAUGGCUGUUUCUAUGGCACCAUAACACGUAGCGGCCACUUAACAGCAUCCAAUGCAGGGGGUGGUAGUUCGGGUGGUGGCGGUGGUGGUGCACUAUUAGAUUUGUCAAGUAGCAAUGUUGGCAUUGUAACAACCACAACAUCUUUGGAUUACACUAGUGGUCUAAAUGAUUAUAGUAGUAGUGCUGGAGGAGGAGGUGGUGGUGGUGGUAGUAGUGUUGGUGGACUUGGUGUCUUGGCCGGUAGUGGUAUGGGGGAUUUUAGCAGUGCUGGUGGUGUGCACUUUCACACUACUGAACUUUCUAUCACACCAUCUAUGACUGGUGAUGAACAAUGUAUUGAUUUGGGUAGUUUACGUCGUUUCUCCAUAGAUCGUCAUAGUUUUUUGGAUUUAGGCUCAAAAUUUGGCAUGUCACAGCCAAAAUUUGGCCAAAGUGUUUCACAGCAAGGUUUCUUUACAUCACACGAUAGCCUAGCCACACCAUGUGCAUCACGAGCUUCCAAUUUACAUGUGGCCAAUACAAGCACUGCCUCCGAUAUGGAUCUAUUACACAACAAACAACAAAACGAUCGACGAAAAUCACGCGGACGUCUGAAAGACAACGAUCAACCGCUGCUGGGUACAUGGACACGAUCAACGGGUCGCGGUUCACAGGAUAACACCUUUAAUGGGCCGCAUCAAUUUACUGGGAAUUUUUGUAAUGGCACAGAUCGAUAUCCCCGCAAUCGUUCCGGUACAUCGACAACGACAACAACCGCCACACAACAACAAUUUCAGCAACAGCAGUCCUCAAACAACAAUUCCUUGCAUCAUUUACAACACUCUGCCUCUAUGUCACAUCCCCAUCAUCAUCAACAGCAGCAGCAACACAACCAACAACAAUCCCAACAUCAUCAGCAUCGUUCCUCGACCACACAACUACAGCAGCAACAACAAAAGCCACCCAGACGCACACCAUCACAGCGACUGCGUGCCGCAACAGCAGCACGAAAACUUUAUUUCGUUUUCGAUCCUGCGGGGCGUUUGUGCUACUACUGGUCGAUGGUCGUUUCGCUGGCCUUCCUCUAUAACUUUUGGGUGAUAAUCUAUCGUUUUGCAUUUCAGGAAAUUAAUCGACGCACAAUUGUGAUAUGGUUUUGUCUCGAUUACUUUUCCGAUCUCCUAUAUCUUAUAGAUAUAUUUUUUCAUUUUCGUACCGGCUAUCUGGAGGACGGUGUACUGCAGACGGAUGCAUCGAAAUUGCGUCAACACUAUAUGAAUUCGACAACAUUUUACAUAGACUGCCUGUGUUUGCUGCCAUUGGAUUUUUUAUAUUUAUCAAUAGGAUUUAAUUCAAUAUUGCGAUCGUUUCGUUUAGUUAAAAUCUAUAGAUUUUGGGCAUUUAUGGAUCGCACCGAACGUCAUACGAACUAUCCAAAUUUAUUUCGUUCAAUCGCUCUCAUACAUUAUCUACUUGUGAUAUUCCAUUGGAACGGAUGUCUCUAUCAUAUUAUACACAAGAAUAACGGUUUUGGUAGCCGCAAUUGGGUCUAUCACGAUUCCGAAUCGGCCGAUGUAGUUAAACAAUAUUUACAGAGUUAUUAUUGGUGUACGUUAGCUUUAACAACGAUCGGUGAUUUACCCAAACCCCGAUCAAAAGGUGAAUAUGUAUUUGUGAUAUUACAAUUACUAUUUGGAUUAAUGCUAUUUGCGACGGUCCUGGGUCAUGUGGCGAAUAUUGUGACGUCGGUGAGUGCGGCGCGAAAAGAAUUUCAAGCUAAACUUGAUGGCGUUAAAACGUAUAUGCGUAUGCGACGUGUACCCAAUCAUCUGCAGGUGAAAGUCAUCAAAUGGUUUGAUUACCUGUGGCUGACACAGAAAUGUUCCGAUGAGGAACGUGCCGUAUCAUGUCUUCCUGAUAAAUUAAAGGCUGAAAUAGCAAUUAACGUCCAUUUAGAUACACUUAAGCGAGUUGAAAUUUUUCAAAAUACUGAAGCUGGUUUCCUGUGUGAAUUGGUCUUACGAUUGCGUCCUGCUUUUUCACCCGGGGAUUAUAUAUGUCGAAAAGGUGAAGUUGGCAAAGAAAUGUACAUUGUUAAUCGUGGACGUUUGCAAGUAGUGGCUGAUAAUGGCAAAACCGUAAUGGCUUCAUUAAAGGCAGGUUCCUAUUUUGGAGAGAUAAGCAUAUUAAAUAUGGGCACAGCAGGUAAAGAACUUGGUAAUCGUCGUACAGCAUCUGUACGUUCCGUGGGUUACAGUGAUUUAUUCGUGCUGAGCAAAAAGGAUAUGUGGGACGUUUUAAAGGAAUAUCCCGCCGCACGUGUACGACUGGAAUCAAUUGCUGUUAAACGUUUAGAGAAAUAUAAAAAAGCACCAUUGGAAAAAGUUGCCAUGGGUCGAUGUCAGUCAACACCGGGCUUGGUGGAAAGUUGUGGUCGUACUACAUUAGAAGAUAUGUAUUUGCCACAGCCACCAUUAGUGCCACAUUCUGUGCUAUUGCAACAGCAGCAACAACAACAAACACAGCGUCAAACGCCACACGAUCAAGUACACAGCAGCAACAUUUACAAAAUUUGGCAUAUAGUCGAGCUCCUAGUCCACGUUCUAGUCAAACAUAUAUUGAACGUAUACAACGUACUACAGAAUCACCCGGUUCUUUAAGUCCCAGUGUGCACAGUUCAGAUGAUAGGCCACGCAGUAGGACAACAUCACAUCAUUCA